ACUUUUUUCUUCCCAGCCUGCAGUGUGUUUCCGUUGUGAGUGUGUACAGCCGAGCAACAGCUCAAUUGCCGAUCAAGAGAAGAAGGCCUGUGUGUUUUUUUAUACUUCCCUUUAACUUAUGCGGUGCGGUUGGAUUGAGCGCCACAGUUGAUUUGCCAGUUUUCCAGCCACUGCCGAAAAAAAACCGCCACGCCACGACAUAAUUGCGUUGCUUUUUUAAUUUUUGCCCACUGCAGACCGCCCCGAUCUUGGGCUGCACAAGCGUCGGUAUAAUGCUGCUAAUCAUGUUUCAGCGCCGUGUCUUUCCAUCCCAGUUAUUUUUUGCCUCAUACUGUGCUGGCAUAUGACACACACCAGCAGCAACAUUCGGUUGGCUUUCUGGGCUGAAUUAUACGACGAGAACGCUGCUGGCGGACCUAUUGCUAACUCUCUCCCCCGCGUGUAUGCAUGUUGAUGUGGAUCGACGACAUGACCAAACGGCUUAAGCUCUCCGUCAAUGGAGCACCCACUUCCAAAGGCUCGCGUACGCUGCCGAUAAGUUUCGGUCGCAAACUGGAACCCCUGGAGACGGGCAGCGGCACGACCAGUGUGCAGAUCCGCUCGGCGGAGGUGGUGGUGGUCAGUAACAGUGCCGCCUCCCCCUCGGACCCGCAGUCGCCCCCGGCCGUCUCCUCCCCCCAGUCGGACAGUGCGGUGCCCACGGCCAAGACCUCCUCGUCCCGCCUGACGGGCUUCCGUCGCUGGCUGCGCCCCUGGAAAUGGCUCAAGUCUAGACGGGAUGGCCAUCAGCGGAAGAGCGCCGAAAUGGAGGAUGUCGAUGUGGUGCACUCCCUGCAGAGUCCCCGCGAGAUGCCCAACCCGGGUGCUGCGGGCGAUGGCGUGAUAGAAGGUGUGCCUGAUAAUAGUCAUGCGCUUCCCAAUGCUCAAAAUUCCUCUUCAACGAGACUGACCUCCCCUGAUUCUCUCCUCCGCUCACAGCCCCUAUCGAUUCCCCGUUCCGGCCUGACUGGCACCGGCGCCAGCACGACCUCCUGUCCCUCUCCCUCCACAUCCGCUUCCGCCACGGCUUCCGGUCAUCUUGUACAGAUUCAUCCCGACGAGUCGCCCAAGGGCACGACGUUGAAGAGCAAGACGGUGACGCUGGUGCAGCAGAGUAUCACCAGCCAUAUCCCGGACCGCAACGGAUCGCCCAGUAUUGGAUCUCUUAAGCAGCCCGGCCAUGCCCUCUUCACCAAUACCACGCAUGUCGUUACGACAGUCGCCGCCAGUCCGCCUGUGAUCCAUGAGCAGCAACUUGUACAUGCACAACCAACUGCACAAGAGACGCACGGUGACAGCCCGGCCUCCAAGCCCACCGCCACGCGGCGCCGCGUAGGCGUCAGCGGUGAGGCGCCGGUGAACACAUCCCCGCUGACCUUCACUCCGCCACGCUCCCUUCCGCUGUCGACUGCCGGUGGGAGCGAGGGAACCGGCAGUGGCCGGAACAAUUCGUCCGAACACUUCCUCCAUCACACCACGGUCCCGCUGGUGGUGGAGACGCCGGCCGGCGAUGAGGAAAUGGAGAGUGAUGAGUCGCAUGACAGUUUUGAUGAAUCGGAUAGUGAGUCGGAGACCGGCAGCGGAUUAAGUCGGCGUGUGAUACGGAAGGAUUCCCUGGCCAUCCAUCUGGAAGCCAAACGCACCGGUCGCCGACUCAGCGAAGUCCGAGUGGGCCGGGAAGUGGUGCCGGAUGAGGAUCGCAAACACGAGAUUAGCGAAAUUGGCAAUCGAUUGCAACGCCGGCUGAGUCUCCGACCGACCCUGGAAGAGCUAACACAGCGCAACAUUAUCAAAGAUGAAGCCGAGCAGCCGAUAGAUAUGAAGGAGCGCCAGAACCAGUUGAUGCGUAAAUUGAGCUUCCGUCCGACGAUUGAGGAACUCAAGGAGCUCAAGAUCAUUCGUUUUAAUGACUACGUGGAAGUCAAUCAGGUCGAUGAGUGGGAUCGGCGCGCUGAUAAGCCCUGGACCCGAUUGACGCCCAAAGAUAAGGCUGCCAUUCGGAAAGAGCUAAACGAUUACAAGAAAGCCGAAAUGGAAGUCCACGAAUCAAGCCGGCAGUAUACGAGAUUUCAUCGUCCGUAAUAUUGUCGGCACUGAACGGACCGAUGUGUCCAUCCGUUCGGAGCAUCCAACGACCGACUGUGUGAAUCGAGCCGAACAGCGACACGUUUUUUCGCUGUAUUUUUUGUUUUUCUUCAGUUUUUUUGAAGAGUGUCAAUGCAGAGUUUUUUUUUUAUUAUUCCAGAGUUUUUAUCUUUCGGUCUCUGUGUCCUGUAGUUUCGACGAAUUAGACACUUGGCCUUCUUUUCAAAGACGCGCCAUUGCCCCGACAACGAUGCACUGUGAGGAACGUUGUGGUUUUUUUCUGAAGCUUGGCAAAUGCUGUUUUCGAUUCUUCGGAGUAUUUUUUGGCCAUACUGCGAUGGGGAAGGUAUAAUGUGUGUUGACAGUGGGACAGAGCGGUUUUUACGCUGUAUUUUUAGUGAGUUUUAAGUUAUUCUCUGUCUCAUGGCUUUGUGCUUGGGCUCGGCGCUUUAUAAGCGGCGCUGUGGUUAGUUUUCCGGGUUGGUGUGCAAACUGAAAUAAAAAGAUUAUACAGUU